AUGGAUCGCAUCCUCACUCUGAACAAUGCUCUCGGUAUUGCGACCGCCGUGUCCUACUACAAAUCAGUGACGCCAUCGAAUGCCCCAGUCGCGCGCAAUGAACUGAUGGUUAAGAGCUGGUUCGAGAGGACUAUACAGGCUCGCGCAACUUUAGAGAAGGUCGUAGUGUGUGCCAUGUCCGUCAUGGAGAUUGCGACCACUCUUCAUCUGUUUGGAGACCACGGCUCCUGCCUUGCGUCACUCACCCCUCCGACCGGCCAUCUACAACGGCUAAUCGUCGUAGCCUCUGUGUCUGUAUUCGCGGCUUUGCUGCGACUCUGGUGCUUCGGUGACUUCGGCAACCUAUGA